CUGAUGAAAACUCGUUUCAACCUUGAUAGACUCAGCAAAAGCAAGUCCUAAUGAAAGCUGAACCAUACAAAUUUUAUCAACUUUAGUUUUCAAAAAUAGAAAGCUAACCAAACCUUAUAAGUCCAACAGAACCGCAGUGUAAGAAGAUAAGAGGUUAAAGUGGUGUGGUUCUCAAUCUGAAAUACAAAAACACUUCUUUAAUGGUUUAAUACUGAGGGUUGAAUGCACAUAUCAUUCUUCCUGUAUAUUACUGUCCACUUUACCUGUGGGGAACAAGUCAUUCAACAAUGUUGUCAACAGCAAUAUUUGAAGCAGCACAAGCAAGAAUCUUUGAGCCACGCUUCACUUCUUGUAAGAUAAUUUCCACUACUGUAGUAGUUUUCCCAGUACCAGGAGGAUCAUGCAGCAAAAAUACAUCCUUUGAUGACAGGGCUUUUGAAAUGGCAUCUUUCUUGAAUAAGAAAGUGCAAGAAACUGAAUUAAGUUAAUUUGUCAACAGGAAUUGACAGUGCCUUCCUUUCUAAAAUAGAGAACUGAUCCCCAC